AACUAAGAUCGGCAUUUAACGCCCAAAUUAAACUAUGCGGAGAAGACUGACGCUAUUUGCGUGUGAUAGACAGCGUCAAAUGGACCACAUGAAGUAACCCAGAAUAAGGGUUCACUCUCUCUGACCUGGACCAUGAGCAAUGACUCGCCUGUACUGACAAGCCUGACGGAGAACUCCACCGAGGUGCCAGUGUCGGUAGGACGGGUUGAGAACUAUGUGAUCCUGCUGGUCCUGCUGUGUGUGUUCGCUGGAGGUUCACUGAUCCUUCUCUCCGUGCUGUUGCUGUUCUGUCACCGCUGCUCUGUGGGCAGCCGCCGUUACUCCAGGGCCAGUGAUGAUCCAGAGAAGACUAAUAACACCUAUGUGGAGGAUUCACAGCCCACACAAGACAUUACUAUAAGGCUCGAUGAAUCAGAUGCUCUCUCACCGUCUAGCUGCCAUGAUGAAGAGACAGACAGGUUCAUGUCCACCUGCUCUACUGGCCGCCGUGUCUCCUUCAAUGAGUCAGCUCUUUACGAAAAGGAGAGCAAGACUCAGGACAAAGGACGCAGAUACACCCUCACAGAAGGGGACUUCCAUCAUCUGAAGAAGGCCCGUCUGACCCACCUCCCCCUGGCCCCUCCUCCCUCUACCCUGAAGAUACUCACCAUCAUGGAGUGUGAAUCUACAGAGAGCAGCAGCCUCAACGUCAACGAACCGCCCACUCCCAAACCUCCACUGUACCCCCUCUACCAGUCGUCUUCUGAGAGGGCUGGGCCCGCCUGGUUGGGCCAGAGCUCUGGUAGUGCCCUCCCUGGAGACAUCCACCACUACAUCCUACUGGACUCCAGACUCAGCUACAGUCCACCAAUCCUGUGCCCCCCAACCCCCCGCUCCAGAACCACGGAGGCCGUAGGGGACGGACCAUGGGUUAGGACAGAAGGAGAGAGGGAGAUUACAGGGACGAGAGGAGUGAGGGGAACGUCUCCGGUCCCCGUCCACCGGGGUUCUGUUCUGCACUUCUUCUGCAAACUGAGACGGCAUGCCAGCUUGGAGGGGGCCGGACCUUACUUCAGGAAGUGGAAGUUUGACAGCAGCCAUCGUGCCGCCAGUCUAGACACCAAAGGCUCUCCUAAGAGACGUCCGUUCCAGAGACAGAGAGCAGCCAGUGAUAACACAGACCCAACUGAAGAGGACUCACCCCCUUCUCCCCCUCUCCGCCGUGACAUCAUCCAGCCCCUCCCCUCCGCACACAGCCAGAGCAGCGGCCUCCAGCAUCUCUCUGCAGGGUCGCUAUCGCCCCCCACCUGCCCACCCUCACCCUGUCUCAGCAGGUUAGAGGUGGAGGUGGUGGUAGAGGCUGCCAGCAGCAGCAGGACAGAGAGAAACGCAACUCACCCACCACCAGAGCCCCCUGAGACCCAAGAGAGAGGGCAAGAGCCUGGGGAGGAAGCAACGGGAACAGGGACAGGGUUAUGGAGAGAAGCUGGGGCAGUGACAAGAAAAGAAGCAAGACAGGAGGUCAAUGAAUGGGUUGGGCCAGGAGAAGAGUCAGAUGAAGAUGAAGAGGAAGAGACAGAUAUUCUAGGGAUAGAACAAAAUGUGGGUAUGGGAUCAGAGAUAAUGGAAGGUCUGUGUGCAGACGAAGCCCAAGAGGGAGGAGAAAGUUUCCAGGCAGAGCUAGGAGCUGAGGCAAGGAUAAGGGCAAGGACUGCGGAUGGGUUGGGGGCCAUUCCAAAUACAGAAGCAGGGAUGGGGUUAAGAGCCAAGACAGGGGUAGGGGCUGUUCUGGGAAUAGAAAGAGAGGUCGAGACAGAAGACAGGUUUGAGUCAACGUUAGAGGUGGGGGCAAUAACAGGGGCAGAAUUAGAAAUUGAGGCAGGGCUAGGGGCAUCAGGGGUGAGGAUAAAGGCAGAUUCUGGAUCAGGGUUAGAAGGGGUGCUAAGUGCUGGAGCAGGGCCAGGGUUAUGGGAAGAUCCAGGGCCUCGAUCAAGGUCUGGGUCUGGGGUGUGUAUCAGUCGACAGGAGAGCUCUGAGACCCAGCCCUCCCUGUACAGAGACAUCUGGAGCCUGCGAGCUUCUCUGGAGCAGUAUGCCUCCUCGGACCAAAGCAGCACGGACAGGGAGUCCAUACGCAGCGACGCCGACAGCGUGUGUUCACUAGGAGGCGCUGCAGCCCGGUCCGGCUUUGCUGCCUGUCUCUCCCAGGACCUUGGCGACGAACUGGAGGAAGAAUGGGAGUAUGGGGACACGGGAAGGGAGGGGGGAGACAGAGGACAGAGGGAGACAGAGGGGGAGGGGGAAUACAGGGACACUGGAAGAAAGAUUGGGCACAGGGGGGUCCAAAGGAGAGAUAGUGAGGGAGGAGGAGGAGAAAGGGGAACCCGGGUAGGAGGAGGAGGUGAAGGGGAGGUGUGCAGCCGGAAGCUCCUGCAGAUGGACAGUGGGUACACAUCCAUUGAGGCUCCGAUAAGGGCCCCUGAGGAGCUGAGGCUGUUCGGGGCCCCUGUAGGCCCUCGUGGGAAGACGGCGUCAGAGAGAAGGCUGUUCUUCACCAGCUCUGGGAGGAAGGGCACCGUGUGUGAGAGCUUCGAGGCCAAGGUGUUCCAGGAGGAGUUGGAGGAUGAGAUGGGAAAGAGUACUGAGGUGGAAGAGAAACCUUUGAAGAGGUCCCCAAGGUCUACUAAUGGAGGAAAGACGCUUGUUCUGAAAGAACCGUCACAAUCGGUAUCACCACUAAAAUCGCUACAACUGCAACAACCGCCGCUGCAGUCGCCCCAACCCCAACCCCAACCCAGUCCCUCGCCACGGCCCGUACGCCUCCGUCGGCGUGACUACAGCAUAGACGAGAAGACAGACGCACUGUUCAACGAGUUCCUGCGUCACGAUCCCCGCUUCGACCAGCAGGAGUCGCCACUGCGCUCCCGGCACCGCUCGCGCAUCCACCUUCGCAAGCAGUGGCAGCGCCACAAGCAGUAUAGCGACCCGGGGUCUGGUGCUGGGGGGCGCUACUCGCCCUCUCUGGAGAGGCAGAGUUUCAGACCCUUACGGAGGGGCGACAGUGCGGGAUACCCUCUAGACACACGCUAUCACAGCACCCUGUCUCGUAUCGCCAGCGCAGCCGACGAGGAGACAAGUGAGGGGGCGGCUAGCGAGGGAGCAACCAAUGAGGGUGCGGUGCAUGAGAACACAGAUGUUAAGGACUCAACCAAUCAGGGCACAGGGAAUGAGACUGUAGCCAAUCAGGACACAGCUAGUCUGUCAUCUGACACACUGAGGGCUGAGGCCAGUGGGAUGGACCCGAGGGUAGACAAUUACAACAACAACAGUAGCCAAGCUUUGACUCUAUCAGAGAGUUACUCCUCUGUCCCCACACAGAACCCUCCUGUGGCUCUCCCUAAGUCCCUGAAAGACUCCCACAUCGAUCCCCCUAUUCUCCACAUUGAAGACCCUGAAUUCCCAGGCUUAAAUCCCCAUCCUCAGCCCCAGGCUCAGGCUCCAUCCCCUUGCCUGUCUGAUAAGCUUUCUGUGACCCUGGAGGACAGGCUCUACACUGGGCUGUGGAGGACAGGGCAGGGUCAGGGAGGACCAGAGUAUGUGGUUGGAGCCAUCUCCCUCUCCUCUUCCCCUGAGCCCUCCAGCCCUGUGUAGCCGGCUGACUUUUCACGCCUCCAGUUAGGACCAUGUCAUCUCACUUCAGUUCAUUCAAUGGAUGAUUUUGUUCUAUUUCUACUAUAUAGCAUUAAAUAAACAAAAGACCUUCCCACAUUUAUGAACAUUUGAACAUCUUGGCCAUGUUCUGUUAUAAUCUCCACCUGGCACAGCCAGAAGAGAACUGGCCACCCCACAUAGCCUGGUUCCUCUUUAGGUUUCUUCCUAGGUUUUGGCCUUUCUAGGGAGUUUUUCCUAGCCACCGUGCUUCUACACUUGCAUUGCUUGCUGUUUGGGGUUUUAGGCUGGGUUUCUGUGCAGCACUUUGAGAUAUCAGCUGAUGUACGAAGGGCUAUAUAAAUAAAUUUGAUUUGAUUUGUAA